AUGCGGCUGAAGCUCGAGUCUUUCUGCGUGCGUGCGUGCCCCUUCCCUCCGCCGGCCGCCUCUCUGGGGCUGCCUCUCUGCGUGUGCGCGCUUGGGGGUUGGGCAGAGCUGCUGCUUCAGACCGGGUGCAGAUCUCCCACACUCAGCGCUCGGUCCUCGGCGGAGAAGCGUUGUUCUUUCCCCCUUCAGCAUCAGCAGCAGCAUCCUCCACUCCUCCUCCUCCUUCUCCAUCCUCCAUCCUCCGCUCAGCUGCUCCUCUUCUGCCUGCCCUUUGUGCUCCCGUCGCCGGCAGUAAAGCACCUUCAAAACCCGUGCAGUCUUUUGGGACACUACGUGACCAGUUUCGCACAUUAUACCCCGGGUGAAAAAAUGGUGAAGUUGGGGAGUAAUCUUCAGGACAAAGGCAGUGCCAAAGCGGUGUGCGUUGAGGAUGGCUUCCAAAACGUGCCCCUCAUCACUCCGCUGGACGUGGGGAGUCUGCAGGGACAAGCUCCGGAUAAGUGCAUUGGGGGUUGGGCAUGA